AUGAGGUGUUUGUGGAGAAGAUUCGCCCCGACGGCCGGCAGUUACGAACGAUUGACCAGAGGCUGCAAGAGUCUCAGCAGCAGCGGUGGCUCGAAUGAAAGGGAGGGCGAAAAAAGCAGUAGGCGCGGUGGUAAGAGAGCCCCGGGAGUGGAUUGCCGGAGAAGCACGGGCGACCUGUCGGUGGCGGUGGUCGGCGGUGGCUGCAGCGCCCUGUGCGCCACGAUCCUACUGAAGCAGAACCCGGCCAUCAGGGAGAUUCGCGUGGUCGACACCGACGACUCGCUCGCGGCCGCGGUUUGCGACAUCAGGCAGAUUGACACGUCCACCAUGAUCCGGCACUUUGAGAAGGAAUCGAUACUGGAGGGCACGCGGAACUGCCACAUAGUCGCGCUGAUGGACGAGACGGACUUCACGCUGGGCAGCCAAGGGCCAUUCGGGCAGUUCGCCUGGAGCGCGAGCUACGUCAAGUCAACGGCCGAGUGCAUGCUGAACUCAUGUCCACGGGCACUCAUAGCCGUUUUUGCACGACCCGUGACCGCCACCCUGCCCCUCGUACACGAGGUCUUCAGGUACUCCGGGGACUGGGACCCCAACAGAAUCGUCGGUUCGGCCGCGCUCGAGACCAUGAGGGUUAUUGGCAUGGCUGCCGCGCACUUGAACCUCGACCCCGCGUGUCUUACGAUCCCCAUGGCCGGAGGUGUCGACUCUAGCACCGUCGUGCCGCUUCUCUCGAGAAUCAAACCUCUCGUCGACUUCUCCGACAAGGAGCACUGCAAGCUGGUCGGCCAGGUGAGGUCGACGGACCAGGAGCUGUGCGAGAGCGAAGCCAGGGGUCCCACGUUGUCGAGCGGAGUCGCGGCAGCCAAGUUCGUGUCCACCCUCGUGAAUGGCCUGAAGAACCGGAGCAUCUCCGUGGCGAGCGCCUACGUCCGCUCUGACGCGCUUCCGGGCUGCAAGUACGCGACCAGCGAGAUCAAGUUCGGCCCGCGGGGCGUCGAGAAGAACUACGGUCUCCCGAGGAUCUCGCCCCGGGAAGUCGCCCUCGUCGAGCGCGCCGCGCCCCUCAUCAACGAAAUCGGCGCCUCAGCCGAGAUAUUUUUUAACACCGGCAAAAUCAAGUGA